AUGGGCGCCGGUCCCCUCGUCAUUGAGCUUGUUGCAGUAUUCGUGCUGACCGCGCUUCUUCUGAAUAAGUAUGCUGAUUGGAGAAGGCAUCACUUGAUCGUUGUCCUGUCAACAUUUAUUGGAUGGUAUUUUUCUUUUAUCAUAAUCUUUGUGCUUCCACUGGACGUGGCAAUCACGUUCUAUCACAGAUGUGAAGUUGAACAAGCGCGUCUUGUUAACACUACGCUGUCUGAACCUUUGUACUGUGAAAAACCAGGUGGUUAUAUUCCUGAUUUAGUACUUCUCACUCUUUGGAGAAUUGUUUACUGGUCCGCACAGUGUCUCACUUGGAUUGUACUCCCAUUCAUGCAAAGCUAUGUGAAUGCAGGAGAUUUCACAGCUUAUGGCAAAAUGAAAGCUGCUCUUUUUAAUAAUGCUGUUUACUAUGGGAUUUACAUGCUAGUCUUUGUCAUACUGCUCAUAUAUGCUGUCAUAAAAGGAGUAGUGAUAAACAUGGAACAUCUUAAAGUCAUCCUGAUCUCCGCUUCUAACACAUGGGGAUUGUUUCUUCUUGUUGUACUAUUAGGUUAUGGUUUUGUCGAACUUCCACGCAGCUUGUGGCAUAGAGGAAGUAGAGACUAUCUUCUCAACAAAACUUACUUCAAUCUUGAUAAAAUGUCGGGCGACAAGAGUGAAGCCGAGGAUGGCAUAAAAGAAACGUACAGGUAG